AUGGAGAGAGAAGCAUUGGCAACAGAGGCUUGUUAUGCACCAGUGACUUAUGAGAGAGAGGUUUGGGAUGACUUGGAAGUUUCUCUUCCAAAGCCAUAUCUGCCCAGAGCAUUAGUUGCUCCUGAUAUAUACCAUCCAACUGGCACGCCUGGGCAUAGACAUUAUAACAUGAGUGUUCUUCAGCAGCAUGCAGCAUUUUUCGACAUAGACGACAAUGGAAUUGUUUAUCCAUGGGAGACUUAUACUGGACUACGUGCAAUUGGCUUUAAUGUCUCCACUGCUGUGGAUGCUCUUAUCAAUGGAAUGUUCAGUUAUCCUACCCUACCGGGGUGGAUCCCUUCUCCUUUCUUUCCUACAAUCUACAACAUUCACAAAGCCAAGUACGGGAGUGACUCAGGAACCUACGACACAGAAGGAAGGUAUAUGCCUGUGAAUCUUGAAAACAUAUUUAGCAAAUAUGCUCAUACAGUGCCAGACAAGCUCACGCUUGGAGAGAUAUGGGACAUGACAGAGGGGAAUCGAGUUGCAUUGGACCUCUUUGGAUGGAUUGCAACAAAGAUAGAGUGGGGAACUUUGUAUGCACUGGCCAGGGAUGAGGAUGGUAUGCUGUCUAAAGAAGCCGUGAGACACUGUUUCGAUGGCAGUCUGUUUGAGUACUGUGACAAGAUGCAUACAGGCAGCUUGGAAAAGAUGAGCUGA